UGAUAUCUUCUAUGGGUGCAGUAGAAUUCAUCAUUUGCCAUGCUAAGGUUACACUUGCUUUUGUAGAAGCUAAAAAGAUCCCUGAGGUGCUAAAAACGUUUCCGAAAGCUGGAGAGUAUCUAAAAACAAUUGAGAGCUUUGGCGAAGUUACCCCUGAACAAAAAGAACAAUGUGAAGGUUUUGGUGUAACAAUACAUUCAUGGGAGGAGUUCUUAUCAUUGUUUGAGCUCCUACUGAAGAAGAAAAGUGACAUUUGUACAAUAAUGUACACUAGUGGGACAACUGGUGAUCCAAAAGGUGUUCUAAUUUCAAAUAACAAUAUUGUGACACUUAUAGCUGGUGUUCAUCGUCUGCUAGGGAGUGUAGAUGUAUCAGAUGUUAAAUUGCUAAUUGAAGACAUAGGGGAGCUAAAACCUACUAUUUUCUGUGCUGUUCCUCGUGUCUUGGAUAGGAUUUAUUCAGGUUUGCAACAGAAAAUUUCUUCUGGGGGUUUUCUCAAAAGCAAAUUGUUUAGUCUUGCUUAUGCAUACAAGUUACGUAAUAUGAAGGGAGGUAAAAAACAUCCAGAGGCAUCUCCAUUAAGUGACAAAAUUGUCUUCAGCAGGGUGUGUGACAUGACAUCAUCUUAUAUUACCUUCUAUAUCUUCAACAUGACUUUUAAAUACAAGGGGGCUGGUCAUUUAGGGAGUGUGAUAUCUUCUAUGGGUCGCUGGAGAAUGAGGCUUGAGGUUCCACGUGCUGAAAUUGAUGAGAUGCUUCCACUUGCUAGGCUUGUUUCCCGAAGUACCGAUCCAGCUCUUCAGUUUAGAUCAAAGGUGAUGUUGUUCCCCAUUACCUUAAUGUUGAUCUUGCAUUGGGAAAUAUACGUGUUGCAAAGUGUAUCAAGUUUGACUACCCAUGUGUCCUGUUGGAGGAAGCUCAAGGCAAUAUAG